AUGAUUUUAAUAUUGCAUUGGUAUUUUAUCUUUACCCUUAUUCCAUUAGUUCUAUGUAAUCAUACUAUAACUACUAAUCAAAUUAUCAAUACAUUAACACGAGCUUUAAAGUUUUUUUCAUUACAUACAGAUCAAGUUAAUUUAGAUGCAGGCAUUGGUACAAGAAUUGUUGCUGAUCAAUUACGACCUUAUAUAAUAUAUAAACAAGGAAAAUUGGUAAAAAAACUUGUUGAUUUAAGUGAAUAUGUUACUUGGCAAAUUAGUCAAUCUGUUCGUAAACGACAAUCAAAUUAUUAUAAACAAUUAUCAUUUCUUCUUAUGCCAGGUACUUUUUCAAAUAUUGUACCAUUUCAAUUUCAUAGAAAUAAAUAUAAAAUUAAUAUUGAAACAAAAUGUUCUUCAUCAAUAUUUUUUGAAAAACUUUCUGAUCAAUGUCUUCAUACAUUAGGAUAUGGUAAAUGUAAUGAAACAGAAUCAUGUAUGAUAUUAAUGAAUGAUCCAUAUGCAUGUCGUUAUUCACUUACACAUCAAAUACUCUAUUCAAUAAUUGCUAAAAAAUCUUUAUGUUAUUACCAAUAUCGAUUAUCAUCAUUAGAUGAAUAUCAAAUGAUUUCAAGAAUGUUUAAUGAAAGUCAAACUAUUGCUAGAAAAAAUUUUCUUGAAAUUGAUCGUGAUUUAUUUAUGGAACAAAUUGCAUUAGGUGGUCUAGUUGGAUGGAAUGAAUUUUUUCAAGAUAUUAAUUGGUUUAAUAAAAUAAUUAGUUGGCAACAUCCAAUUGAAGGUUGUUAUGGUAAUGAUACUAUUCGUAUAAUAAAUAAACGUGAAGAAAUGCAAAUGUUACAUCAUUGUCUUAGUCAUCGAACAAGUGUAGCAAUAGCAGCACUUUCACAAAUUCUUCGAUAUCUGUUGUCUAGAGACAUCUAA